AUGGAAGGCCUGGUGAUGUGGGAUCCGGGGAACAGGACAGCAGUGCAGGAGUUCAUCCUGGAGGGCUUCCCUGCUGUCCAGCACCUGGGGAAAAUACUGUUCCUGGUGCACCUGCUGGCGUACCUGGCCUCCAUCAUGGGAAACACGCUCAUCAUCACCAUCACCUGGGCUGACCAUCGCCUCCACACACCCAUGUACUUCUUCCUCAGCACUUUCUCCUUUGUGGAAUGCUGCUUCAUAACCACGGUGAUUCCUAAACUGCUGGCCAUCUUCCUGUCAGGGAGGCAAGCCAUUUCCUUUGCUGCCUGCUUCACGCAAGCUUUUGUCUUUCUUUCUCUGGGGUCAACUGUUUUCUUCCUUAUGGCAGUGCUGUCUCUGGAUCGGUACCUGGCCAUUUGCAGACCUCUGCGUUACUCCAGCAUCAUGAGCCCCAGGGUGUGCUCCCUGCUGGUCACUGCCUGCUUCACUUUGGGAUUCCUCUUCAUGGUGGUCCCAGUUGUCCAUCUUUCCCAGUUGUCCUUCUGUGGCCCCAAUGUCAUCCCCCACUUCUUCUGUGAUUUUGGGCCCUUGGCUAAGCUCUCCUGUUCUGAUACCAGGUCUGUUGAAAUGCUGUUCUUCAAUAUUGCUUUUUUGAUUCUUUUUACAUCCCUCCUUGUAACCAUCAUUGCAUACAGCAACAUCGUGGUCACCAUCGUGAGGCUCCCGUCAGCCAGGGAGCGGCAGAAAGCUUUCUCCACCUGCUCGUCUCACCUCAUCGUCCUCUCUCUCAUGUACGGCAGCUGUCUUUUCAUCUAUGUGAAGCCAAAGCAGACGAGCAGGGUGGACUUCAACAGACAGGCUGCUCUGGUGAACACGGUGCUGACCCCAGUGCUGAACCCUGUCAUCUACACCCUGCGCAACCAGCAGGUGCACCAGGCUCUCAGGGGUGCCCUGUGCAGGGGGAAGUAGAACCACAGCUCCUCAGUGGAGGGUGCAGCUUCUCUAUGAUUGAAUCCAAUCUUUCCAAUCUACAGAAUCUUCUCCAGAACUUUAUAGUUUUAACUAUGUUUCUUUAUUCAUGUUUGAUUUUUAUCUUUGAAAAAGA